AGACUAGACCGGACCAGCCCGCGCCCCUCGCCAGCAGAUGGGCGGUUCCCCUCAAUCUCCCCGCCCCCCCCCCCCACGUUGCGAAAGCCAGGAUGUGCAAUUUCCGUGGCGUUAACGACGACGUCAGGGAAUUCCCCUCUAGCUCGGUGCUGCCAAUACGGUCUCGCUAUAUUUUGCUUGUUGAUUUGUUGUAUGUGCGUGAUGGCGGCUGCUGAUCGUUGACCAAGAUAUUUCCGAGAGGUCUGACGUUAAAAGAGAACAUAAUUUAUCAUUUUGCUCCGGUGCAAAAUUGGGAUAGGGUCAUUCUCUUAUAACGAUGGCUGCUGCUAAAGCAUCGCCGGUUCACAGAAGUCGGACUCAUGGCCAGGCCCAGCAGCGAAUUCAGACUUCCGGAGGGGUCAACACCAGUAGCGGCCAACAUGUAGGGUCCCACUUCUCACGUUCCGCUCCUCAGGCCAACAGUGGGACGGCCAUGCCAGGGUACAGCAACAUGGACCUAUAUGCACCAGAAGAUAUUGACAUGUAUGGCCCAAACCGGACUAACCGCCAUGGUCAGCAUCGCUUAAUACAGGAAACCCACAAAGUGACUCAAGGGCAUCCAGUGGACCCCUUGCAUGUUCCAUCUGCAGAUGACAACUAUGAGACACAGCAUCUGAGGGCACAACUAGGAGGGAUAGGGGUUCUUCAAGAACUGCUUGAAGAUCAAAGACAGGAGAUUCAAGAUUUACAGGAGUGUUUGGAGUUAGUGGUACAAACUGCCGUAGAGAACGGCGUUCUUGUGGAUCCAGUUUUGCGAGAGAAACUUGAUAGAGUGAGGGUUGGUAGUGUUACAUUGUCGGACACACAAUGGUCCGUGGAACUAAAGAGACCGCCACCAUCGUCCAUGAUGUCACAAGCAGAUGGAAGGGAUCAGAUUUCAAGAUUAACGGAGCAAUUAAAAGCCAAAGACAAUAAAAUCAAGACUCUCGAGAAGAAAAUCAUAGAACUGAGAGAGGAAUUGCAGCUCUCUUCGGAUGAGAAGUCACAGGAAAUAGCGAGGUUGCAAGCUCAGCUUCAGAUCACGUCACAGGAUGGUCAGACGUCCAAGGAUCUGUGCCAAUCCUUGACAGGAGAAGCAGAGGUUCUGAGGCACAAGCUUCAGACCAUGAUUCAACAGUGUCAGGGACUAGCCUCUGAGCUGACGGACUUCAAGAAGAAUAAGAUCAGGAAUGGACAGGUUGAGUCCACACCAGCCAUGAUGAAUACCCCAGUGAGCGCGGAGAACCAACUGAAGAUCCAUAGGAGACAGCUGGAGCAGCUGGAGCGGGAGAAGGAGCAGCUCUCAGACCAACUGAAGGAGGUGAUUCGGAUGAAUAAAAGAUGGCAGAAGUACAGCCAGCAGCAGGAUGCUGCCAAAGGGGAACUGACGCAGAUCAGAUUUGACCUGGAAAACAGGAAUAAGGUCUUGGAACUACAGUGCAAAGACUAUGGAGAACUCAUGGACAAACUACAGAAACAGAUCCAGGAGAACGAGGAGUGUGUCAGACACCGACGGGUGGACAAGACGGAAGCAGCGCACAAGGACGACGUCAUCAGGAGGCUGCAGAAGGAGGUCAUCGACCUCGAACAAGACAUCCGGAAAGCUAGACGAGAGAGCAUGAAGUAUGACACUGAGGUCGUCAAACAACAGUUGAAGCAGUAUACAGAAGAUUUCCAAAAAGAACAUAUUGAAAAGGAAAAGCUGAAAAGGGAGCAUGCCAUCUUGAACAGGAAUCAUCUUGAAGCAGAAGAACUGGUUAGACAACUGACUAGACAACUUGAAAUAGCUAAAAGAGAGACACAACAACUCCAGCGAGAAAACCAGCAAUUACAAGCAGAUAAGAGAAUGAACGCUGGUUACGUAAAUGCAAUGCCAGAUAACCUAGUUUACAGGGAGAGACGAGAAUUGACUCCCCACGGCCUUGGUCAGCAGAAUUCUGUCAUCUCAUUGGAUAACUUUCCGACGCUCCCCCGGGACGUCGAGCACGACGGCCCUCCCAACGGACCCCUGUCCGCCCCAUCUCGUACUCUGGCACACCUGUCCAUGGUCUCACCCCCGGUCUCCCCUCCCACAGCGUCCCCGUCCCGGUCGUCAGGCAGGGACUCGGUGGACUGUAACCAAGGUCAAAGGUCGUCAUUCAGCGACGACGAGCCUCUCCAGUGCCCUCGGUGCUUGAGGGAAUUCCCCGUGGUGAAACACUCAGACUUCAUGAGGCACACAGAACAAUGCCUUGAUAAGUGAUAAUGGCCUGAGGGGUGAUGUAGGGACAGUGCUUUGAUAACAGGCAGCAAAACAAUUCAAAUCAAUAUUACUACUACUACUACUACUACUAUUUUAGUAGUAGUACUACUACUACUAAUACUGCUACUACUGCUACUACUGCUACUACUGCUACUACUGCUACUACUACAACUACUACAACUACUACAACUACUACAACUACUACUGCUACUGCUACUACUACUACUACUAUUACUACAACUACUACAACUACUACAACUACUACUGCUACUACUACUACUACAACUACUACUGCUACUACUACUACCACAUUUUACUAUGACUACUGCCACUACCACUGCUCCUUCUACUAAUCAUAAUAUUAAUUAUUAUUGUUAGCCUAAAAGGAACCAUAGGGGAAUCAACGUUAGGGAGAACAAUGUGUUCAUUUCACAGAAUAGUAGGAUGGGUGAUAUUAAGGGGAACCAACUCGAGGUUAGGGAGAAAUUACCAUGAUGAUAAAUUGAUAAUAAUUAUUGUGAUCUUAAAACUAAGAUAAUACUAAUAGAAUAGAUGAUACAAACGACAAAAACUACACUAAUGAUGAUAAUUACAAUGGUAGCUAAUUAUGAUAAAGAGUGCCAAAUCCACUCAGAAGAGUAUUCACAGUUUAGUAAUAAUAACAAACACCGUGAAAUAAUAUAAAGAAAAAGACAUUCUAACUCGAUAAUAAUGAUGAUGAUUUAUACUUGUGAAAAAAAUAUCUUAAAUAUGCAUUGCCAAUUUUAGUUUACAUAUGAACAAUUACCAAUGAUCAGGAAUAAUGAUAAUAAUAAUUAUAUUAUAAAAAUCAAAGACUUACACCAAAAAUGAUAAUAAUAAUUAUAUUAUAAAAAUCAAAGACUUACACCAAAAAUGAUAAUAAUAAUUAUAUUAUAAAAAUCAAAGACUUACACUAGCAAUUCAAGCUGUGCCCUUAACUAAAUCUGUUUCCACCAAACCUUUUCUACGACAACUACAUCUAACUUCAGAGAAAUAAAUUCCAAUAUCAUUUUAAAGAGUAAAGACUUGGCAAAAUUCGUUUGAAAGAUGAAAACAUUAGAGUACUUCUGAAUACAUAGU